GAGACCAUGUGGAGAACUGUAACCGGAGACAGACCCGGAGGCAGCGGGACCGGCGCGUCCCCCGCGCCCGGGCCCGAGCUCGCGUCCCCCGGCCUCCUCGCGCACGACAGUCCGCUGCUCGGGCUCCUCUCCGCGGUGUCCAGGCCCGCCGUGUCCUUCCUCCAGCGGUACCUGCGCCCGCUCAAACGGGACUUUCUGGAGCCGGACGCGGAGCUCCUCAGGCGGUUUGACGACCUCCUCCCGCCGCCGCAGCUCCACUCGCUGCCCUGGAUCAACCUGAGCGAGCUGCAGGGCCCGGAGGACGGGAGCCCGGUGGGGGACGGGAGCCUCCCCGCCUCUGCCCCGGCUCUGACCCUGGCGCCGGGUCCCGGGUCUAAGACGUGGUGGGGCGGUUUGUGGAGCGCGGCGGAGGAGGAGCAGGUCCGGUGCUCCGCUGUGACUUUAUGCGCGGAGACCCGGACCGUGGCGUUCAUCCAGGAGCGCCCCGAGAAAAGACCCGGACUCGCCGCGGACAAGGGCGCGUUCAACCUCCAGAACCUCCAGAACCUCCAGAACCUCCAGAACCUCCCGCGCCUCACGCUGCUGCAGAGCCUCGGGGACGCGCUCGCCCCGGACCAGGACCACGGAUACUCGAGCCUGGAGGAGGAGCAGCUGGUGGCCAAAGCCCGGCUCCAGAGCGCGGUGCUGCUGCCGGGCCUGGGGAGCGCCCGGGAGCCCGACGAGGAGCCCGACGAGGAGCCGACGCGUGAGACGGACGAACGGCUCCCGGCGCCCCACUGCGAGAACAAGACCAUCGCGUUCAUUAUGGGGUGUCCGUGCAGCGACGACAGCGACGACGGCAGCGAGGACGAUGAGGACGAGGACGAGGAGGACGAGGAGGACGACGGGUUCGACAGCGACUGCUCGUCGGAGGUGUCGGGCUCGGACGACGAGGACGAGUUUGACUCUGAGACGGAGCGACUGUGGAGCUCCCUGUGCCAAAGCGACGACCCGUACAACCCCCGCAACUUCACCGCCAAACUGGGAUCCGCCCCGAGACCCAUCCCCAGACCGGGACCAGGACCGGGACCAGAGGAAGACCAGUCCAGCCCGGGGUCCUGCGCCUCCUCCCUGGCCUCGUCCGCCUCCUCCUCCUCUUCCUCGUCCGCCUCCUCCUCCUCCUGGGACGAGGCCAGCGACGCCGAGGAGCAGAACCUGAAGCUGCUCGACUCCUUCUGCUCGUCCGACCCGUACAGUCCGCUCAACUUCCAGGCCCCGAUCAGGACUAAAACCGGACCGGGACCGGGGACUGAUCCGCUACCAGACCCGAAACCCGAGGAGCGCAGAGUCCGCACGAUAUCCGAGUGUUCCCAGAGCAGCUCCAGAACCACCGGCAAGAAGAAGGUGCGGUUCUGUCCGGACGUGCAGGUGUUCUGCGUGGGUUCUGAGGAGCGCCGGGGCGAGUGGGAGGAGUUCGCCCGGGACCGAGCGCGGUUCCUCAAACGCUGCCGGGACGUGGAGCGAGUCCUGAGCCCCUUCCUCCAAUCAGAGCACAGGAGGCGGGUCUACCGGACCACGGGCCAAUCAGAGCCCCGAGGACCAAUAAACCACGACAAACCACGAAUAAACGACUCUGAACGGAGCGAUGGAGCGAUGGCUUUGUUUUUGUUUGUGACGAAAAGAAAAAAAAACUGAACAAACUGAAAAACUUUGAGUCAAAACAAAAAGUCAAAAAUGUUUCUCAUCCAGAAACGUCUCCAGUAUUUUGGACACGCCCCCUACCGACACAGACACGCCCCCUUACCGUCAGACACGCCCCCUAUCGACACGGACACGCCCCCCACCGACACGGACACUCAACCCUACCGACACGGACACGCCCCUACUGACACGGACACGCCCCCUACUGACACGGACACGCCCCCCUACUGGCACGGACACCCCCCUACUGGCACGGACACGCCCCCUACCAACACGGACACGCCCCCUACCAACACGGACACGCCCCCUACCAACACAGUUGAGUUUUUGCAGUGUUCAGGAAAAUCUGUAUUCGACAAAAAAGGUUCAAAAAGAGACUUUAUAUAAAUAUUUUCAAUUUAGCGUUUCACUUUAACAAAAAACUAUAUAUUUUUAAAUCUAAAGUUCACCAAAAAUCUGGAAACGCAGAUGUUUAGUUCGUUUACAGAAGACGUUUUUCGUUUGGAGGCUUCAGUGUUUCUCCAGACAAAGUGUUUCCUGUGCGACGUCGUUUGUUCCGUCAGAUUCUGAAUUUGAAACGUCGCUGAAUGUUUCUCACUUUGAAUUUUUUUAACUCUGAAAAACAUGUUUGUGUUGUUUUUACUCAGAAUUUUUAGGUGCUGUAAUUCUAAGUGCACAUUUUCAACGUGUUUAAAAUUCGAAAUAAAAAAAUUCACCGUAUAAAUAUCCAGGACAAAUUUUUUCACGUCCAAAUCUCGGAGCGUCGAAUCCCCAGGCGUCGAAUCCCCGAGCGUCGAAUCCCCGAGCGUCGAAUCCCCGAGCGUCGAAUCCCCGAGCGUCGAAUCCCCGGGCGUCGCUAAAUCCGCAGCAAAGAUCGGCGAUGCUGCGGCAGAUCUGACUCGGUAACAGGAAAUAGAGCGGUGAAGCAAUCUGAUUGGUCAGAAUUCACCUCGUCAAAACCUCAAACUCCGCCCACACAUGAGAACCAUUAGGAACCAGCCUCUGUCCUCACUCACUCAGGAUCGAUUACUUCUGCCUCGGCGUCUCGGACCUUUUUUUUUUUAUUAUUAGAAGAAAAAAAUGUAUAAUACUAUUUUUAAAUUACUUUUAUCAUUAUAAUAAUUUUUUUUUUUUUUUUUUUGGCGUCUUGGAUUUUUGCUCUGAAUUUUACGCCGGAGACUUGAAAAUAUUUGUGCUGAACAUUUAAAAGGUGAAAUUAUUGGAAUUUAAUACUGAAAAUGCUCAAUUACAAAAAAAAUCUGAAUAAAACUAAUUCAAACGUCUUUUUUCAGAGUUAAAAAAAAUUAAGUUUAAGAAAUUCAGCGUUUUGUUUUUUUUGCUUUGUUUUGGGUUUUUUAAAAUUCUAAAUCUAAUGAAACGAAUGAACUUCCAGAGUUUCGGCUCAAACCAAAGACGCUCUGCACUCGAGACCCAAACUCCACCAACGCUUCUAAAAACUCUGAUUCUUCUGAUUCUGAUUCUGAUUCUGAUUCUGUGAUUGUGUUCGUGUGGACUGGAGCGAUUGAAAACACCCAGAUGUAUUUUUCUAACGUUUGUGAUUUUGAUUGAGUCUAAAAUGAGAAUAAACCAGUAUUUAUGAGCUCA